GCACCCGCAAUCUGGUGCUGCUGUCUCACCACGCCUGCCCCCGAAACGCACCCAAAGAGCUCGACCAGCUCUACGGGGUGGUCCAGGAUCUGAAACGGCUUUGGGACGUGCAGGACGUCAUGCUGCUUGGGGACUUCAACGCGGGCUGCACGUUUGUCCCUCCAGAGGCCUGGCCUGGCAUCCGCCUGUGGCGGCACCCAGACUUCCACUGGCUAAUUGGGGACCAGGUGGACACGACGGUCAGCAAGAGGACCCACUGUGCCUACGACAGGAUUGUAGUGCACGGGAAGGCUCUGCUCCAGGCCGUGGUACCUGGUUCUGCCCAAACCUUCAACUUCCAGAAGGAGCUGAGCUUGUCGGAAGAAGAGGCCCUGCAAGUCAGCGACCACUAUCCCGUGGAGGUUUGCUUGCACACAACUCCUCCGGGGCACCAGGAGCUCUGAGGGGUGCCUGCCUCGCUGCUCCAAUUCUCUGGAUCCAAACCCAAGAGUGACCCUUUUCUCCAAUUUCCAGCUCCUUUAGA